GAAGGAAAAAUGUGUUGCUCUUUGGACAAACAGGAAACUGUGGACCAGAGCGAGGAGCAGGGGGCAUGUUUUUAUAAGAGAGGAGUUUUGUUCACUUGUGGAAGGUUGAAGAGGUCUCACUUGGACCACACCGAGUGAGAAUCCAUGUUUCGGAAGAGAGCUGUGAACUGGAGGAGGGGAAUUCUGGAGUCCCAGAGAACUCUACUGAAUGACUUGCUGAUGGUGUGCCGCCAGUUGAAUAUGGAAGAGUCUGUUGCUGAGAUCAUGCACCAACUGGGAGCAGAUGAAAAUGGGAAGAUUUCCUUUCAGGAUUUUACUCAGUGUCGCAUGCAACUUGUACGAGAAAUCAGGAAAGAGGAAGUAGAGCUUUCAGUGAAAUCAGAUGACUCUUGUAAAAAGAAAAAAUUAAGAGAUAGAAUAGCAUCCUGGCCGACUAGCAGCGAUAACAGUUUGGGUGCCUUAUCAGGAGCUAGAGAAAGUUGGGAAUAUGAUUCUGGUGCAAGAGACCUUCAGAGUCCUGACCUGCAGAGUCAUUCUACUUUACAGAAACUCUUGGAAUAUGGAGGAAGUAGCGUGAAUCAACAAGCUGCUCUGCAAAGAUUGCUAACGCAGGCCUCCAAACUUAGUAAUUCUGUUGGAGGAAGUUAUUUAGAACUUGCUAACACUCUCCAUUUAGCAGCCCUGGCAUCACUAAAAGGAGACAUAGUGGAGCUUAAUAAACGAUUGCAACAAACAGAAAGGGAACGGGACCUGUUGGAAAAGAAAUUGGCAAAGGCACAGUGUGAGCAGUCUCAUCUCAUGAGAGAGCACGAAGAUGUACAAGAACGAACGACACUGCGCUAUGAAGAACGAAUCACAGAGCUUCACAGCAUUAUUGCAGAGUUAAAUAAGAAGAUUGAUCGACUACAAGGAACAACAAUAAGGGAAGAAGAUGAGUAUUCAGAACUGCGAUCAGAGCUCAGCCACAGCCAGCAUGAGGUCAAUGAUGAUUCACGCAGCAUGGACCAGGAUCAGACUUCUGUCUCAGUACCAGAGAACCAGUCCACCAUGGUUACUGCUGAUAUGGAUAACUGCAGUGACUUGAACUCAGAACUUCAGAGAGUGCUGACAGGACUGGAGAACGUAGUCUGUGGGAGGAAGAAGAGCAGUUGUAGUUUGUCUGUAGCAGAAGUGGACAGACACAUUGAACAGCUCACCACUGCCAGCGAACAUUGUGACCUAGCUAUUAAGACAGUAGAGGAAAUAGAAGGUGUACUAGGACGGGACCUUUAUCCCAAUUUCUCUGAAGAAAGAUCUCGAUGGGAAAAGGAACUGGCUGGUUUGAGGGAAGAGAAUGAGAGCCUCACUGCCAUGCUGUGCAGCAAAGAGGAGGAGCUGAACAGGACCAAGGCUACCAUGAAUGCUAUCCGGGAAGAAAGGGACAGAUUACGCAGAAGGGUUCGGGAGCUGCAAACACGUUUACAGAGUGUUCAAGCAACAGGGCCAUCCAGCCCAGGGCGCCUCACUUCUACAAACCGACCCGUUAACCCCAGUACAGGAGAGCUGAGCACAAGCAGCAGCAGCAAUGACAUUCCGAUUGCCAAGAUUGCUGAACGAGUGAAGUUGUCAAAGACAAGAUCCGAAUCUUCUUCAUCUGACCGACCGGUCCUAGGAUCAGAAAUCAGCAGUAUAGGCGUGUCUAGCAGUGUGGCUGAACACUUGGCCCAUUCCCUUCAAGACUGUUCCAACAUCCAAGAAAUCUUCCAGACACUCUAUUCACAUGGAUCUGCUAUCUCUGAAAGUAAAAUCCGAGAGUUUGAAGUGGAAACUGAGAGGUUAAAUAGCCGUAUCGAGCACUUAAAAUCCCAGAAUGAUCUGUUAACAAUCACUCUGGAGGAGUGCAAGAGCAAUGCUGAGAGGAUGAGCAUGCUGGUUGGAAAAUAUGAAUCAAACACCACAGCACUCCGAAUGGCAUUGCAAUACAGUGAGCAGUGCAUAGAAGCAUAUGAACUGCUACUUGCUUUGGCUGAAAGCGAACAGAGUCUUAUUCUUGGACAGUUCCGAGCUGCAGGUGUUGCAUCUGUCGGGGACCAAACAGGUGAUGAAAACAUUACCCAGAUGCUCAAGAGAGCGCACGACUGCAGGAAGACAGCUGAGAAUGCAGCGAAAGCCCUGCUGAUGAAAUUAGAUGGGAGCUGCGGAGGAGCCUAUGCAAUCACAGGCUGUAGCGUACAGCCCUGGGAGAGCCUGUCAUCCAACAGCCACACCAGUACUACCAGCUCAACUGCAAGUAGCUGUGAUACAGAGUUCACAAAAGAGGAUGAGCAGCGGUUGAAAGAUUACAUCCAGCAACUGAAGAAUGAUAGGGCAGCAGUCAAACUCACCAUGUUGGAACUGGAGAGCAUUCACAUUGAUCCACUCAGUUAUGAUGUCAAACCUCGUGGAGACAGUCAGAGGCUUGAUCUGGAAAAUGCUGUAUUGAUGCAGGAACUCAUGGCUAUGAAGGAGGAGAUGGCUGAGCUAAAGGCACAACUGUACCUUCUAGAGAAAGAAAAGAAAGCACUUGAAUUGAAACUAAGUACCCGAGAAGCCCAAGAACAGGCCUACCUGGUCCACAUCGAGCACCUUAAGUCUGAGGUGGAAGAGCAAAAAGAACAGAGGAUGAGAUCUCUCAGCUCUACCAGCAGUAGCAGCAAAGACAAAAUGGGCAAGGAAUGCACUGAUGGGACCACAGCGUCGUUAACACUAGCUGAGCUGAGACCAUACAAUGAGAACGAACUGGCUGCAGAGCUAACAAAUGCACUCAGGCGAGAGAAGAAACUGAAAGCCAGAGUGCAGGAGUUAGUGAGUGCCUUAGAGAGGCUCACAAAGAGCAGCGAAAUCCGACAUCAGCAGUCUGCAGAGUUUGUGAAUGACCUGAAAAGGGCAAACAGUAACCUGGUGGCAGCCUAUGAGAAAGCAAAGAAGAAGCAUCAAAACAAACUGAAGAAACUGGAGUCACAAAUGAUGGCCAUGGUUGAAAGGCAUGAGACGCAAGUGAGGAUGCUCAAACAAAGAAUAGCUCUGCUGGAGGAAGAGAACUCAAGACCUCAUACCAAUGAAACUUCACUUUAAAUAUCUUAUCUAUCUAUACAUAUCUAUAUAUAUCUAUAUAGUAUAUAUAGAUAAAAGACAAUUAGUGCCAUUAAAAACCUGUUUCUUUUUGAGGCUGAUUUUGGGUAGUGAACACUUAAGGAUAUGGGACAUAACAUAGACAUAGAUCAGCACCUCAUCUUGGACUUUGGCUCUCAACUCAAGUCAAGAGGGAUGGAGAGACUAUUCUCAGCCUAAGCCAAGGAUAGUUUUUUGAUGAUUCCUUGCUAAUGGACCAUGCCUAAAGGUAAAAUUUCUCUUCAUACCAAGGUUAUGUAUACAGUGUAUGUAAGGUCUCAGCCCAUGCAGAAUUUUGUAGUAUGUGGGACACCUGGAUCCCUUUGCAUUCCAUCACUGCAGAUGUAGUGCUAAGAGAAAUAACACGUUACGAAAUUUUUCUGGUUUGAACCCAUAAAGAUUUUAAUAGUUCUUCAGCCACCCCCCCCCCAUUUCUCCUUCGACCUCCUGUCUUAAAAUCUGGAGGAAAGACCUGCUGUUGCUGUUAACGUCUAUUCUAUGUACAUGUUGGGGGAGUGGGGAAGAUGUAAAAUGAAAGUCUAGUUUGUCUUUUGCACCAGACUCACGGUUGUCCACAGUGCACACAGUUCAGCACAUCAAGGAGGACAAGUCCUGUUAAUUUGAAGAAGUUUUACGCAGGCAACAUUCCUUCCCCAGAAUGAGAAAGGUGGUGUUGCAUACUUAUGGUGUUGAUGCAUUUCUUGUGACCUUAAAGGCUAUGGGUAUGUGACUACAUGUUUUUCACAGUGCCAGACAGUCUGUGCCAAGAGUGGGUAAGAAGUUGCAGAACAGCUUUUUCCUUCACAUUGUAUGGUGGCUCUGACAGUUCAUGAAAGCGUUGGAUUUCCAGUAAUAAUAUAUUUACAGCUAAGGUCGUCUUCUACAAGAUGGGCCACCUUUGUCACGUGCAUAAUGUUCUAUUGUGUCUUUGCGUGUUCAAGAUGUGGAAAGUUCCUCUGCACUUGUUUUGACCAAAAAGGUACCUGUUUGUAAUAAUGUACCUGUUCAGUAUUGUAUGCACGUGUAUGUGUAUAUGUGGGCAUACAUAUAGACACAGUCACACAUGACACAAUGUGAACAAAAUGGCUGUGUAGCUCAUGCAACUUCUACUCACAUUGUCCUAGCACAGCUUUCUGGGGUUCAUAAACUAUAUUUAUGAGAUAUUUUUAAUUAGUUACUGUUAGUGUGUCUGAAGUUUUUUGUUCAAGUUGGUUGUUUUUUCAUGUCAUACUAAUGUAUUGUAAGCUGGAACAGGAUAAAAAUCUGCAUUAAUAGAGGCAGGCUGAGGCAUGGAGAUUGGGUUACAUCUCUAGGUAGCAGGGAGAGGUGGGUUCCAGUGCAGCAUGUAGCCUGUGCCUGGAUGCCUUGUUUAUAGGCCUUUUUUCACCGUUGCUGAGAUUAAGCAGAUAACAAAACAGUAGCAAUUUUAACAGGGUGUCAACCUGGAGUCAGUUAGCUUUGCACUGUUCAUUAUUGUAACUACAUUGCCUUGUAGGUUACAUGUUCUUCAAGCCUGAGAUGCUUUCCUUGGCAUUGACAUUCAGAAGUCAUUUGGGAUUUGUUUCAGGUUUCCUAUGCAUGGUCACGGGGAUAUGGAUUGUUCUCUAAAGGCUUCUUCAGAUCUUAAAACAGAAAAUACUUUCAGAAGGCUUUGGCCACGGUUCUGUAAGCCCCAUAACCCUCCAUUAGCACAGGCCUUUGGCAUUUGGGCUGGACUCAGGCCUUGCUACAUCUAGACAUUAAUCAACAUUUUGUGGGUAUUUGCUGUCCAUUCCCCCUCCCCACACUGACUCAGACGGGAUUUAAACUGUAAUGGUUCUUAGUUCUGACUUCCAGCUAUCCUUCAUGCUGGCACCUGCCAGUUUUUUCCUUGAACUAGUAGAUGGAUAGUCUGAUCCAAUGGCAGCUUCAGACAGCAAAAGACCACUUUGUAAUUGACUGCACCAGUGCAAAUCAAAAAAAGAUUUUAUAACUUCCAGAUGAAGGGUCCCCAUUGCUGUUACCAUCCACCUGGAUUGGGCUAACCCUUCUUCAUGGCAGAGCUAUGCCAUUCCCACCUGCACUCUGAGGUUAUUAAAUCACAAUGCAAAUGCAGCUUUUUGCAGCCCUCCCUCCCCGCCCCACCAUCAUUCAAGCAGUAGUCACAUUGAUUUCCUAGGGUUUUGAGUGCAUCUCUGUCUACAGAGUAGUUUUGUUGAAAUUAAGCUAUUCUCCCUUAUAGCAAAAAAACUGCAACCAGUUUGCUUGGAGGCAUAUGUUUUUACAAGAUCUGUCCAGAAAAGUUUCUUGGUCCUGCAAUAGAAUGUUUUUCCUCUAUUCCAGAUGCCAGGUUGCUGGCAAGUGAGCCAGAGAAGGUUUGAUAGAAAUACGCUCUUACAGAGGCAUGCUUUUCUACCGUGUUUCAAAGCAGUUUCUGUAUUUUUUGGAUCCAGCGCUGUUCUUGAGUUUUGUCAUAGCCUUUACUGAAAACAAAAUCAGACUGCGCAUCUUGGAACUGUCCUGGGAAAAGGUCUUUCCAGGUGAAAAACUGUGAAUAUAAUCCCACGUUAAUGAUGCACUGAGAAGAGUAGACUCUAAACAUUCUGUUGUCACGAAUCUGAAAUGACCAUUGAACUUUAGAGGGAGUCAAAGUGAGGUCAUUCCAAAUAAAAAGUGUUUCACUAAAAUCCACAUAGGGUCAUUAGAAAAGGUUACAGCAGCGCACUUUUUCCUCACUCCAUUUUUUCGCUUGCUGAUUGCUGCCAGGAAUAUUUUAGUCCCCAGCCAAAAAGGUAGAAUUGCUGAUAUUUCGUUAUAUAUACUGUGUAAACUGUCUGAAUUCAAAUGUACCUGCAGGAGCCCACAUGAAGGAAGCCUGAAAUUACCCUAAACCCUGUGGGGCAGAUUUUCAGAAACAGGUGACUGUGUGCAAUCCUGUACAAGACCCCAAACACAUUAAGUGCAGUGUACACAAAAUGAUGCAAAUUUACAUGCUUUUGCAUGCACAGGCACAUGGAUGUUGUGCAUAUGCAUUUCUCUAGUUUAGGAAAAUGCAGCCUGUGAAGAAUGUUUGCUCAGACAGUAUAGUUCUAAUCUGGGAACACUUUAGUCUAAAACAUGCUUUUGAAGAUCAGCUGAUGUCUUGGCUGGUUCCCUCCCAAUCCUGUUGAAGUGAGGUGUGUGCUAAUCUAGUUCACACAGGUUCAAAACCUUUCCACUGUGGUAAGGUCAUCAGCCCCUUUUACUGUGCUUAUCAUUAGUAUACCUAAGAGCCUGAGAACUGCUGCAUGAUGAAAGCCAGUUCUGAAGAGGGUAAAGUUAUACCCAUGUGGAGAGUUGAUGAGUCCAAAUCACCAGUUUGUACUAAGGGAAAAGCCUACAUUAACUUUAAGUGGAGGUUUUGAGUGAGUAAAUGCAGUAGAAUCCUCCUGCUUAUGACUAAAAUAACCCUAAUCACUUGCUUGUCCCAUUUAAAAUGACAGAAGUAAUGCAAAGCACCCCCAGACAAUGGUUUUGUAAUGUAAUUUAGUCUCCCUGUUUCUCAAUGGUUCAUUAAUUAGAUUGGCUGUUUGAUUGCUGUAUCUUACACAGCUAAGAAAACUAUAGUUGAAGGGGAGGUAACCACAGCUAGCAGUCUGGCACUUAAGCUGUUUUAGUGCUUAUAGACAUGUAUUCACGUACCUGUCUGCUACGACCUGCCACAAAUCCAGCCUGGCAGAGCAGACUCGAUUAAUGGAGUCUACAGAGCAUGCGAGCUGAUGCGCCCAGAUACAUUUGUAUAAACAGUGAAAUGUGUCAGCGUGCAGAAAAUAGCGACCGUGCACUUUUGACUAAAAUACCUUCAAUGUGUUAAAAAAUGCACCACCGCCAUUUUCUCAGCACUGACACACAUUUCGCCAUUUAUACAAACGCAUGCAUCGCAACACCAGCACUUCUAAAAUUGCCCAGUGCUGCAGCGCAUGCAUGUGUAGAAAUGCCCUAUGUUCCCAGUAGUGACCACAUCCUGUGCUUCAUAGAUGGACCUGAACAAAUGGACAAGGCUGACAUAUUUUAUAUUAGUUGAUGUUUUGUUAUAUACCAUUAUCUAAAUAAACAAAUAGUUAUGUGGGAGUAAGGUUCAGAAGAUUGGUUUAUUAACUUGAACUAACUAUAGAUCAAAUCCAGAAAAGUAUUUGAGUGCCUAGCUCCUGUUUAAAAGCCUGACUUACGUUUCUGCAUCUGGUCCUUUGUGUAUAUGAGCUGGAGGAAAGCAUGUCACUACACUUAAAUAUCCUCAUUCCAGAUAGCCCUUAAAAGUGCCUUAACCAAUUAGGUUGUGGUCAUGGUUACUCUCUCUAACCCCUGACUGUUUUGGUAGCUAAGGAAAUGUGGAGCAAUGUCAACAAGGAGUGAGAGAUUUAACCCUUUUAGUUUUAUGGCUGCGGCAUUCACUCAGGAAGUGGAAUGGAGAUAGGGGAGAAGCGAACCUGGGGGAGUGUUAUAACCAAGAAGCUAUUCAAUAAAAGGAAAUUAAGGCUACUACCACCUCCAGCAGCAGGCUUGAGUUAGUGGGCUUUGGAGGAGAGGAGGAAUGCUUAGGCCCCGGAUCCGAGUUGCUCAGCCUGCUAGGUCAUUUGGCUGGCAAAAACAGAGAAGUGGGAUUUACAUUUUGGACUUGGGUUGCUGUCCUUCUGUGAACCUUGCCUGUAAUGUAUACACAGUACAUCUCUGGUGUUUACCCUAUUUAUUGUGGAGUUGUAUGUCAGUCUGCUUCUAUUUACGUUCGGCUACAGCAUGUAAUUUAUUAUCACUUGUUUUAGUUACAACUUAGGCAGACUAACUGGAUUGUAACAGGGAACCUGAAUUCUCUGAGGAAAAAUACUAGUUCAGUUUCUCAACAUUUAAGAUACUAGGAUAGACAUUUAGUGAUGAUGUAAGAAACCAGGACAAAAAAAAAAGUCAAAGCCUCAACAUAAAUUGAAGAGUAUUUGUAGGAGACAGUGUUAAGUAUCUGACAAAGAACUGUGGGGCUCUCUGAAUAACCCCAUCAGCUUAUCAGGGCUACUUUUCCUCCAGUAUGCUCCAGAAGCUGUAUUUUCUAUUUACUGUUAGUACAAAAAGCAUCUAUUAAGUUUCUGAUAUUCUACCAUCCUAAUGUAAGUUAAAAGUUUUGAAAUGUUGCUUUCUGGUACAAAAUGUUACUUUAUAGAAGUGCUGCUUAACCUAUGAAAAUCUUUUUUAUGAUAAAACCUUGGAUGUGGUUUUGUUCAGUAAUAGACUUACUGUUUUGUACUAGGGAAAAAUCUCUAUAAACAAAUUCAGUCUGUUUUCUUAUGCUCUGAGAUGGUGUCAGCACCUGUUCUCCGUUUGGGAUUUUAUUAAACAGAGAUAUCAAGACUAGGGUUGGGUGCUCAACUGGUCAUGAGUCAAAAAUUGUAAAAAAUGGCCAACAGGUCCAAGUAAACACACAGAAAACACAUUUUUCCAUUAAAAAUUUGUCAAAAAAAAUUUUAAAUCAUAUUUCUGUCAAGAAAACUACAGGAAAAGCAGGGUUUUUUGUAAAAUUGCUAUAAUCUUUGACCUGUCAACUGACUGGCUUGCCAACCCUAAUCAAGACGAUAGCUACCAUUAAGUGAGGCUUACUCAAAUAUUCAAAACACUGAGGAAUGACCAAUACAUUUUCCAACCAGUUAUUAUGGAUUAUAUAGUCAGCUUGAACUAUGCCAACUGACACCCAGGAACUCAAAUUUAAGUAGGUUAUUUAGCAGACUUCUCUUUCAGAUACAUUUUAAGCAUCCCCUAAAGGUGGAUCUGGCAUAGACAGUUUUACCAUGUCAAUGAUUCGAGGCAACCCAGCCAACAUUUCUUCCAUAAAAGUUUUAAUAAACAAGCAAGACAGUUCUUGUUGUGUCAGACCAUCCAUGUAGGAAAGUCUUAGAUGUGGUUAUCACGCUGUCAUAAGGAGCAGAUAUGGCAUCAUUAGUUAGUAUGUUAGAAAAGGGAGUAGGGAUAGGACCAAUUGUGAAACAGUAAUCUUACAUCUAUAAAGAGUGUGUGUUUUAUGUUAACAUUUUUUGUCCAAUACUUUAGUUAGUUCACAUAGGUAUUUGUUUUUGGCAUUCAAGUGGAAACUAAGUAUGCAGCUGUAUGAAACACCAGCUUGAAGUCUGCAUUUUUAGUCUCUGCAGAUAGAUGCAAGUCACCUUUAACACUACAAAAUUAACUCCGACUUUGAUAAUGUCCAUUAGCUAAAUGGAAAAGAGUUGGACUCUGUAAGUUGCUCCAAGUCCAUCUCUUACCAGAAAAGUGCAACAAUACCUGUUUGUAUUUUUUGUUCUGACUUUUUAAAAAAUAAAAAUAGAGUCCGUCUCACAGCGCAUGGGAUUUUAUACUUCACAUUAUGUUCUGAAAAAUACUUUUCUAAUUAAAGGUAUAAUAAAAAAUCCCUUUUACACCAGCUUGAAUGUAUUGUUAGUUAUUACAAAGCACAUGUGAUUUAGUUUGCAUAAACAUCUGUACUGUUCUACUGUUUUAUUGGAAGUUUCUCAUUUAAAAGAUGUCAUAUAACAGUAUGUUGUAAUUUGAGACUUUUCUUCUUAAUGGAUUUGCUUUAAAUGUGUCCAGCUGCUUUUUAGUUUCUUAGCUGCUGUAAAAUAGCUAUUCUGUGUUUAUUUGAUAUAUAGAAUUGUAAAAACUGCAUUUAUUUAUACAGAGACAUUUAUAAUACUUUUAUUUUACAAAUGUUCUUAUAUUCUGAAUAAAUUUCUAAUGCUAAAGA